GGGCGCACAGAUAAUAUGUUUGUUCGCUACUCCUAUGAAAUUUCACAAUUUCUGCAGGAAGAAAAUACGCUGGAAAUUGAAAUCAUCUCUCCGGUACAUGCUGCCCGUCAAAGGGCGAUGGCGCUGAAAUCACAAGGUCUUGAUGUACCACCAAAUUGUCCAAAUCGCCGCUAUCAUGGUGAAUGUCAUAUGAAUAUGUUACGAAAAAUGCAAGCAAGUUUUUCAUGGGAUUGGGGAUUGGCGGCCCCAUCGAUGGGUAUAUGGAAAUCUGUGGCCUUGGAAUAUUAUGAUGUGGCAGUGAUACGUGAUGUUGAUGUGGCCACCUGGAAAAAUUCCACACAUUGGGUAAUGGAUAUUCGAGUGUUUAUGGAUUGUGCUGGACAGCAGAAUUUUUAUGCUGAGCUGACAUUUUAUGCUGUAGAACUUCUUAAGAAUCCGCUAAUUAUCAGUGACCAUGUAAAAAAGCCAAUUAGUUACAAGGCUCCUGUAAUUGAGUUUCAAGUGGCCUUUCCCAUUGAGGAAAUUACGCUUUGGUGGCCAAAUGGUUAUGGUGGUCAAAAAUUAUAUCCUCUACAUUUCACCUUGAAGGCAUGGUUGGAUGCUAAAGGUACAAGUCUAAGAAACAAAAUAGCAUCACAGAAAUCUAUUAGCAUUGGUUUUCGCACCGUGGAAUUGGUGGAAGAUCCAGUUGCGGAAGGCACCGGCAAUACCUUCCUCUUCAAAGUCAAUGACAAAGAAAUCUUCAUGAAAGGCAGCAACUAUAUACCCAGCCAUAUUUUACCGGAAUAUAGUCGUGAUAGUGCACGGAUCAAACACCUGUUGCUUGCUGCCAAAGAUACCCAUCAAAAUAUGAUACGUAUUUGGGGUGGUGGUAUUUAUGAAUCGGACUUUUUCUAUGAAUUAGCCGAUACAUUGGGCAUCAUGAUAUGGCAGGAUAUGAUGUUCGCUUGUGCUAUGUAUCCCGUAACAGAUCCAUUUUUAGCAUCUGUACGUAAGGAAAUUACACAAAAUGCUCAACGAAUUGCUCACCAUCCAAGUAUUGCCAUAUUUGCAACUAAUAAUGAAAAUGAAGUGGCAUUGGCACAAAAUUGGUAUGGUACACUGGAAGAACGUUAUAAGACGGAAUAUCGGCAGUUGUAUUUAGCCACUGUGAUACAUGAAUUAAAGGCUUUGGAACAUGCCAGCCGACCAUUGCCGUUGGUUUCAUCACCCUCUAAUGGCAAAGAAUCGGCCAAGGAUAAUUAUAUAUCGGCUAAUCCACAGGAUCCCAAUUAUGGAGAUGUUCAUUUCUAUGACAUUUUCAAGGAUGGCUGGAAUCCAUCGAUAUACCCCAGACCUAGAUUUGCCUCAGAAUAUGGUUUCCAAAGUUUGCCAUCACUACAGACAUGGCAGCGAACCGUGGCUGCCGAAGAUAAUUUGGCCGAUUUAAUAGAACAUCGUCAACAUCAUCCCUUGGGUAUGAUGGCCAUAACAACAUUGGUUCGCAUACAUUUUCCUCUGCCGCUGCCAGAGGAUGCCAACUAUUUGGAGGCUUUAGUAUAUUUCAGUCAAAUAUCACAGGCUAUGGCCACCAAAACUGAAACAGAGCUAUAUCGUAGUUUACGUGAUACGGAACAUCGAACUAUGGGUGCCUUAUAUUGGCAAUUGAAUGAUGUAUGGGUUGCCCCAUCAUGGUCAGCUAUUGAUUUUUAUGGAAAUUAUAAGUUAUUGCAUUAUUGGUCUAAGGAAUUUCUGGCACCCAUUGCCAUAACAGCUUUGUAUGAGAGAAGCAUACGAUCUAUAAAUGUUUCGCUGAUAUGUGAUCUCUUUGAAAUAAAUACCGAUGACUUGCAAGUCUCAAUGAAUAUUUAUAAAUGGUCUCAGCUAUAUCCCACGAAAACUACCACAUGGCCGGUUACAAUGAUACCAAAUGGUGUUCACUAUGACAAAGUUAUACCCAUCGAUGAUAUAUUUCAAGGAGAAUAUACCAACUACAAUAGUUUUGUGGAAUUUGUGUUGCAACGCAACACCAUGCCGCUGGCACGGACAUUUUACUUCCCCGCCUCGUUCAGUAGUGUUCAGGCUGUUAAGGAUCCUCAAAUAAAGAUUCUAAUUUCCAACUCAUUUUGCAGUUCACAAGUCAAUGUGAAAAUGAAUAGCUACAGUUUGACACUGAAUACAAAAUAUCCAGCAAUAUUUGUCUAUAUCGAAUUGAUUUUGGAUAAAUAUCCUGAUAUUAAACAUUAUAAAUUUUCGAGAAAUGGUUUUAUGUUGACAUCAGCGAGUAGUGUUUUGCAUUUAGAAUUUGAGGCGAAGGAAUGCAUUCGUUUGAAUGCCAAGGAUUUUAAACUGAUGACAGUUAAUCAAUUUAUGAAUCUUUAA